AUGGCCGUCCGCGUCGCCAUCAUCAUCUGCGCGACUUCCUUCCUACUCGGCAUCCUAUUCACUCACUGGAUCGCCGACUCGCUCACGCUAUGGAAGGCCGCGCAGCUUGAAGGCGCCGACUCUCGCCUUUGGGCCGCCGCAUCAUAUUAUCGGGUUUUGAUGUCGGGCGACCCACGAAACGCAUAUGUGGCAUUAGGCGUAGCGACACUGGGCGGAGUGUCGCUGGUUAUGUCCUUGACCGAUGGCAAGGCAUUCAACUUGAUGUUCGACGGAGGAAGCACCUUCCUGUUCGCGACAGCAGGGGCCAUGUAUUCGUACAAUGUGCUUCCUAUAUUGCUUCAAGAUAUGGCAACACUCUCCUCGCCGGCAGCCAAGGACGCACCCUUCCCACCCGAACUUCGUCUGCCAACCAUGUCGCUGGCCAGCUCGCAUCUCGUCUGCUCAGUCACUCUCACGGGUGUCAUUCUACUUCAAGCCGCGCGGAGAUGGUCAGAGAGGGAGGACUCGGGGGUGCCAGAGUUGGCAUCAUCUACGCCUGCAGAUAAGACCCCUGGGGAUGCGAAGCCGAAGGCGGCGAAGGGCAAAAAAGCAAAGGCCGCGUGA